GUUAUUGGCAACCACCCUCAGCCAAUCAGAAUCGUUUCCUACAUCAGUGCAAAAAAUGUCAUCUUCUCAGUUCAACUGCUUUGAAUUUUCUUGAUUUGAAGGGAACGCUAGAGUGCUUGAUUCUGCUCUUUCAACAUUCGUUGCUCCAAAAUGUCAAGAGUAAUCAUCUGGAUAUUUUGUUUCCUACUGUUGGAGUUUUCAGCUGAUAUCUUAGAAGCGUCAGCGGUACCAUGGUACAACGAGGCAGAUCAUUACUGGAACAUGAACCAAAUAUUCUACGGAUUUUCAUACGAUGCUCCACAACGAGUGGGCGUAGAACAAUGGCAUGCACAUGUGAUAGGAAGUGAAGUAACCUCAUCACCACCUAACCUUGGUAUACGAAUGUAUGAAAGCUAUUCCCGGAUUAACCUUGGCUCUCACCACAAUUCUUGCUUCGUCGACGUCGCCUUUUGCUCCAAUGGACUUAGUAUUGCAUUCUGGGUCAAAGGAAACAAAGGCAGCAAGCAUCAAGAUCUUUUAGUCUUUGGAGGACCGCAUCGCGGUAUUAGUGUUGUAAAAACCAAAGAUGGCAUUCUAGAGACGAAUAUUAGUAGUAUGAAAAUGAAUAAGACAUGGAUGGUGUCUUCUCUUGGUAAAGUGUUAGAGCCGUGGGCGUGGCAUCACGUGGGUAUUACCUGGAAUUCGUCUGCUGGGCUCAGUUUGUAUCUUAAUGCCACAAGAGUUGUGAGCAACACCUCUGCUGUACCACUUAACGAAACAAGCCCUGCACCCAGCUGGUCCAUGCAUGUAGGAAGAAACAAACAUGCUGAUAUAGCAAUAGAUGAAUUGGUCUUGUGGUCUCAUGUAGUUAGUAACGAUACAAUAACGAAGGCCUUCGAGUACAAGACAGGUAUCACAGCCAGCAACGUCGGUUGUGGAUCUAGAUGGAUCGCACAUCUGCAGUUCUGUUACCUCUCAUUCAACACAUUAACAUCAUGGGACACCGCCCACACUUCAUGCCAAGUGCACUCGUCUGGUCUCCUCAGUAUCGUCAGCGCAGAAGAGGAUGACUUCAUACGGAACAGGAUGUCAGGCUCCACGCCCUGCAUCCAUCUGGGUCUAACAGUGAGACAAGAGGCAUUUGUUUGGACAGAUGAUUCGGUCUGGAGUUUCUCUAGACUGGGUCAUCAAGGGAACAUCACUGUCAAUGAUAGUAACCAAUGCGUGUACAGAAACAUGACAGAUAGCUUGUGGUAUACUAGUGAUUGCCAGAGGAUGUGUGGAUAUGUUUGCAAGACAUAUAGAGCCGGUGUUUUUAGUAACGCUGAAUUUCAAUGUCAUGCGAACCAACUACACAAAGGUAUGUCGGGAUAUCGACUUUCUGUAGUCAAAGUACGAAGCCAAGUAGAGUGCGCCAUGGAAUGUCUGAUAUACGGUUUGGGAUGCUUAUCAUACAAUUACCAGAGAUACGACAAAGGGUACUCAGAACAAUUCGAUGAGCACUUGUGUGAGCUAAAUGGGUCUAGUAAUCAUGUGCAUCUGGUUGAUAUGGAUGGCUAUCAGUAUUGUGAGAGGAAAUAGUCUAUAUACAACACAGGAUACCCUGAAGAAUUAUAUAAGCACUUGUGUGAGCUCAAUGGGUCUAGUAACCAUGUGUACUUGGUUGAUAGGGAUGGCUAUCAGUAUUGUAAGAGGAUAUAGCCUAUAUACAAAACAGGGUACCCAGACCGAGCACUUGUGCUGUCGGAGCGGCUCUCGUAAUCAUGAGCACCCUUUACGGUGGCCCGAGGAAUGAUCUCAGUUAGAAAUUCGAAAGUCAGUCGCAAGAUAGACUGUAUGGAUGCAGUUCGAAUUCACUCCGUUCUUGAAAAAACAAACUCAAUCAUCUUCUACGUGGAACCCAGUUUGGUGCUAUUUUUUCAUUAACAAUAGAAAGAAUAGAUUCUCUGGACGAAAAGCAAAUGUUCAUUUGUAACGAUUAGCAAAACGACAUGGAGUCGAAGAGGCCGAAUGCCAGCAGACAUGACGAAUCCUUUCAUAAAUCAGUCAAAAUGAAAAACUACAGCUUUAAAGAUAAAACAUUUAUCAAUUUAAUGACUAUUUAUAUAAAAACACUUUCAUAUUCACACUAUAAUACUCAUUAAGUUAAAUAAUCGUGUAUAUAGCACUCCUAUGUGACCUUACCCUACCCCUGUUAAGAACAGACGCAUUGGUCAUUAUUUUAUAAAAAUAAUUAUCUUAUAAUCUAUAUGAAUAGCACGCUUAGAAAGAGUUUAAAAUCUGUUAUAAGUAAGUAGUAAAAAGACUAAUAAUGUAAAGCAUAUAGACCUUUAUCGUGAGUAGUAGCUUAUCAUUAAAUGAAAGAAUAACAAGUUGAAUGGUGAAGGGCGCCUUUAGAAGACGUAAUGUUAUAAAAAAGAUUAUUAGAAUGAUAAAAGAAGAUUUAGAAUCUAUAUAAAAUUGUUAUUAAAAGUCAAUGCGGAUGUAUCGUAAAAACGAUUGAGUUGAUAUAUUGUAUCAUUUGUGUAAAAUGUCGUUCGUAAUUACGAGAAAUGUGUUUCUGUGACAACUAGAGAUGUAACGCCACAGAAAUGUAACGCCAUAGAGAUGUAACGCCAUAGAUGUAACGCCAUAGAGAUGUAACA